CCACCUCACCCUCACUUACUUCACAGCCAGCCACCAGCCAGGAACCGGGAGGCUAAUAGCCGCUGUUCUCGCUUUGCACGUCGGCCACUGCACUACACUUCGUCAAUCAAAAAUUCACCACGCGGUGACGGUUUUCUUGGACAAAUUUGUCUGUGGACACGACCUUCGCAUCUAAAUCCCUUCGAUAAUGACCCGCUUAACACCAUCCAUGGAAGAAAUGAUGCGAUCGGAUGCGAGGCUCUACUGUGCUCGUGUUGUUGAUUAUAUUCCCGGUUCCCGCCCUCACGGCCUGGUAUCAAACCCGAAGACAAAGGAUUACUGAACUUUCCAUUUCCAUUCCUGAUUUGUAUAACUUUUUUUAUAAGACAUUCGCCAUAUAAUCUGGCUAUCCCCUGAUAAUUCACUUCGCUCGUUCCCUCCUUUUUUCCGCAGUUACCUUGGCUCUCUACCGGGGCUUCUUCCACCCUCCCCACCCUACCACAUCACCACCACAGCUAUGGCCCCAGCCCAGAUUGACCAUGUCGUCAUCCUGGUCCCUUAUGCCGAUUUGCACAACCCCCCAUCCUGGAUAACAAACAACUUCACCCUAACCCCGGGCGGGCGGCACUCAGACGGCAAGACGGAGAACAAGCUAAUAAUCUUCGAGGACGGCACAUACCUGGAGCUGGUGGCCUUCAUAGACGACAACCCCUCCCUCCGGCGCGGGCACUUUUGGGGCCACAAAAAGUACGGCUUCAUCGACUUCGCCUUGACGACGAAUCCCAAAGACACCUUCGACUACGCCGGCCUGCGCGGCCGCAUCCACCAGAAGUCCGGCGGGCUAGGCAUCGACUACGACCAGCCGGUGGAGGGCGGGCGCAAGCGGACGCAGGAUGGGAAAGACGUUCGUUGGAAGGUGACAUUCCCUAAGGGCGAAGCGCGGGUCGGUGCCCCCCGUAGUGUCAGUCGUCGCGGUGAGAUCCCGUUCUGGUGCCAUGAUAUCACGCCCCGCAACCUACGCGUCGAUGUGACGAAGGAGCGCACCACGCAUCUCAGCGGCGUGAAGGGCAUCGCGCAGUUCACCAUCCUCGUGCCGGAUGGGCAGGAGGCGGCGUACUUGGACCUCUACUCCAGCAUUACGGACUCCUCGCCUGUGCAGGUAUUCGGCACGGCACGCUUGCCGGUUGAUACACCGGUUAGUGUGCCCGGGCUUGUCAAGCCGUGGGUUUUCGUCGAGUCACCGACGCUAGAUAUUGAGCGUCAGAGGCUGAGGGAUCGGGGACCGGGCAUUGUGGAGAUUGCGUUGAGGCUGGGGAUUGAAGGGCAGGUUGGUGUUGGCAGGAACUCAAUCGAUGAAAAGGGGAUGUGGAUCCAUUUCUUGAAGUGACAGCCGACACUAUUUCAAUAUUGU